AUGAGGGUGCUAUUAGUGGCUCUAGUGUAUAUUCCAUUCAUCUUAGCUAUAGAAAGGAUCCCUUUAGUUCGAUUUAAAUCCACCAAGAGGCAACUCCGGGAAAAGGGAGAACUGGAGGAAUUUUUGAAAAAUCAUCAGCCUGACAUUUUUGCUCGGCGAUAUCUGCAUUGCUUCCCUUCAGAUAUUUUUCUACCAGCUGCUUCAGAAAGGCUAUAUGACUACAUGAAUGCCCAGUACUAUGGGGUGGUAAGUGUUGGCACCCCACCUCAGAAAUUCACAGUGGUGUUUGACACAGGAUCAUCCAAUUUUUGGGUCCCUUCAGCUUAUUGCAUCAGCGAAGCCUGCAGGAUGCAUCAAAAAUUCAAAUCAUUUCUAUCAAACUCCUAUCAGCAUGGAGGGCAGGCCUUUGCCCUACAGUAUGGUACUGGGCAGCUUCUAGGCAUUGCUGGCAAAGACACAUUACGGAUUAGCAACAUUUCCAUCCAGGGGCAGGACUUUGGAGAGUCUAUCUUUGAGCCCGGCAUGACUUUUGCUCUUGCACACUUCGAUGGCGUGCUGGGUUUAGGAUACCCUUCUUUAGCAGUUGGCAGUGCUCUUCCAGUAUUUGACAGCAUAAUCAACCAACGUCUGGUAGAGAAGCCAGUGUUUUCCUUCCACUUGAUCAGAGGAGACGACCUUGAAAAUGGUGGUGAACUGAUACUGGGGGGUAUAGACCAGUCGCUCUACAAAGGUUCAAUUCACUGGGUUCCAGUUACUGAGAAAAGCUACUGGCAAAUUCAUGUUAACAACGUGAAAAUCCAGGGACGGGUUGCGCUUUGCUUCCAUGGUUGUGAAGCCAUUGUUGAUUCAGGCACUUCUCUUAUUACUGGCCCCUCUUUACAAAUAAGACAACUACAGGAGCAUAUUGGGGCCAGUCCAACACAAACUGGAGAGUUUGUUGUAGACUGCAGGAGACUGUCAAGCCUGCCACAUAUAAGUUUCACCAUUGGACACAGAGAAUACACGUUAACAGCAAAAGAGUAUAUAAUAAAGGAAACCAUAGAAGAAAAAACCGUGUGCAUCAGUGGCUUUCAGUCUCUGGAUAUUGCCACUCACUCUGGCCAGCUAUGGAUUUUAGGAGAUGUAUUCAUGUCUGCGUUUUACUGUGUUUUUGACCGUGGAAAUGAUAGAGUGGGAUUUGCAAAAACCUCUCAAAGAAGGGAGCGUUCCUGAGGCCCUAAUGGCAUCAGUUCUGCCUUAAACACAUGUUAUUUCAGGGUUAUGAGAUGAGCCUGAACUAAAACCCUGGAUCUGAAUAUUGCUCCCAACAAAUUUCACAUGGGUUUAGGGGGGGUUUGAAAUUGAAUUCAGAAUACAAAUUUUGUAGCUAGGUUCCAUUUCUAUACAUUUGCAACAGACACAUUUAUUUCUAAAUCAGUGAUUGAAAGACCA